AUGAAUUUUCUUUCUGGUAAUCCCAAAGAUGCUAUUUCUUUAAAAAAACUGAGAGAAGUUCUUAUUAGACUUGAAGAUACAAUAAUUUUUUCAUUAAUCGAAAGAGCACAAUAUGCAGUUAAUGAUAAUAUUUAUAAACCUGGAAUUUAUAGAUAUGAGGGAAAGGGUGAUUUCAAUGGAACAAAAGUAAGAAGAUAUCAAAGUCCAGAUGAAUAUCCAUUCACAAAUCCUCUUCCAAAUCCAAUCAUUCCAGCUCUCGAAUACCCAACAAUACUUAAAUCUAAUAAUAUAAAUGUUAAUUCAAAAAUAAUGAAAUUUUAUACUGAAAAUAUCAUUCCAGAAUUAUGUCCACUAGGAGAUGAUCAAAAUUAUGCUGAAGCAAAAUUUCUUGAUCCAAAUCUUCAACCAAAAUAUAUUGAAUACAUUAAAGCCAGUAAUACCGAAGCACUUGAAGAAUUGUUAACAAAUAAACAAGUUGAAGAAUCAUUGCUUAAACGUCUUAGACAUAAGGCCUUAACUUAUGGACAAGAUUUUACAGAAUCUGAUAUUAUUAAUUUGGGUAAUAAUCAAAUUUCAAAUGAUGAUAAUCAUGAAAUAAAAUUCAAUGCAGACAUUGUAGUUGAAUUAUAUGAAAAAUGGGUUAUUCCUUUAACAAAAGAAGUUGAAAUACAAUAUUUACUUAACAGACUUGAUAAUUGA